CUCUCUCUCUCUCUCACUCUCUCUCUCUACUCUAAGAAAGAGAGAAAGAGAGAAAGAGAGAAAGAUAGAGAGAGAUUGUGAUGGAUAUGAUAAGGGGGGUGGCAGGGAGGUUUCAGAGGAGAGAACAGAAGAGGACAGAGCAGAGAAAACACAGAGAUUUUUCCAGCCAUAUUACCAAUCUCUAAUCUCAUGCCCUAUUAUUAUUAUUAUAUCUCUCCCUCCUUGCCCCUUUCCCCUCUGUCACUCACAUUCAUCAACUCUCCCUAUGAAAAACCCAUAUCCCACACUCUUCCUCUUCCACUCUGAAAACCAAACCCCUCCCACCCGCUUCUCUACAUAUACACCCUCCCUCCCUCCCUGCCUCCCAAACCAGCCACAACUUUCAUCCAACACUUUAUUCUGCAUUAGCUAGGUUUCUCUCUAAACCAAAAACCCUUUUGAGUCCCUUUUCUGAUUUGCAAAUAGACCUCAUGAACCUCGGUCGCCAUUUUGAUCAGCUCGGCGGUGGUCACGUCCACGACAACCAACUGCCUCCAGGGUUUCGCUUCCACCCUUCCGACGAGGAACUCAUCAGCUACUACCUCCUCAAGAAGGUCAUGGACUCCAACUUCACCUGUCGCGCCAUAGCCGAAGUUGACCUCAACAAGUGCGAGCCGUGGCAGCUCCCUGAGAAAGCAAAACUGGGGGAGAAAGAGUGGUACUUCUUCAGCCUUCGUGAUCGGAAAUACCCUACCGGACUUCGCACCAACCGUGCCACUGAAGCCGGGUACUGGAAAGCCACCGGGAAAGACCGAGAGAUUUACAGCUCCAGGACUUGUUCGCUUCUUGGAAUGAAGAAGACUUUGGUUUUUUACCGCGGGCGAGCUCCCAAGGGUGUAAAAAGUAACUGGGUCAUGCACGAGUAUCGCCUUGAAGGUCGAUUUUCUUACAAUUACCUCCCCAGGAACUCCCAGGAAGAGUGGGUCAUUUCGAGGGUCUUCGAGAAGGCCAAGAAGAGCAACGGACCCGAUUGCAAGAAGACCCGAAUGAUUGAGCCCAGCUCGCCUUCUUCCUCCUCGGUCUCACAGCUGCCACCACUCUUCGACUCCUCCCCUUACUACCCAACCGCUCCUUUCUCCAAUGAUGCUUCCCUCACCGACCGUGACAGCUGCUCCCAUGACAACCGCACCCCUAGGGAGCACGUGUCCUGUUUCUCCACCGGCAGCGACCCCGCCAACACCGGCACCUUCAACCAUCUCAUGACUUCCUUGGACCUCGCUCCGCCGCCGCAGCCCCAGACUACUUCCCUCCACUUGUCUGGCGGCUUCGGCGGCCUCUCGGACUUUCCGAGCCUCAGGUCUCUCCAGGAGAAUCUCCAGCUGCCCUUCUUCUUCCAGCAGGGAAUGCAGCCUGAUCAGCCCUACUCCAACACCGCUGGCUCCUUCGACCUCGGCGACUGGAGCUCGCUCGGAAAUAACUGGCGUGCCGCCGCUGCAGAAGAGCCCAAGACCUUGGCUCCGGCCGAGGCUGAUUGCAUGUGGACGUACUAAAAGGAGGGUGGUCCGAGCUGUCGUUCAAAACUGAGACCUGCCAUUUGUGGCGGUCUCUGGUAUCACUAUCGGUAUUUAGUUUCUAUUAUCCAAAACCUAAAGUCACUGCUUAGAAAGUGACCAACCCAGUCUAGUGGACCUAAAUUUCUAUUCCAGUUCAAGUAUGUAAUGACUUUAUGACGACUCUCUUUCCCUAUGGUUUGUGUUUACGUAUUUGGCAAGGUAAUGAUGAUGAUUAAUAAUGUGCUUGUUUGCUGAAGUCGGUUUCUGGGAAAGGUUGAGAGGUAUGUUUUUGUUUUGAUGUUGCAGGAAGAAGAACAGUGACUGGUUACUGAAUCUGCCUGCAAAAUCCAGCUUAAUUAUUAGCUAUUAUGCAGAAGAUUUUUGUCAUAAUUUGGUGUUGCCUUAAAUGGUAUUGCACGUAUGGUUCUGAGAAAUCUGAGAUCAUUGUUUAGCAACAGAAAGGGACUUAUAUGGACACUGUUCAAUGUAUUUUUUGGACCACCCUAUAUGGUUCCCUUAUGCUUAUGCUUAUGGAUUCUGGUUUCAUCACAAGAAACUAAGUUGCUCUUAUCUUUCAUUAUCUUCCAUUGAUUUCUACAUUGGGUUCACCAAUUAACGUAUCACAAGUGUAAAUCUUAUAAAUUGAAAGGUAAGACAUAUUAUAGUUUUUCAUAU